CUUGUAGCCAUAAACUUACCUAUAAAACCUCAAACUUAGACGAAAAACGGCAUUUAAAAAGCAGAUUUUGUUGCAUUGCUAGCAAAAAACUAUUGACAUAUUAAACGUACUUUUAUAGUGGUGCUCAGACUAAAAAUGGCGAGGACGGAUUAUGUGAAUACCUUCGUCUUGGCGAUGGUCUUUAUUCCUACAAGUGUCCUAAGCUUGUCAUGUUCGUGUCACCAAAACUGGACGCAUAUUCUCACAACUGGCACGGAUGGUGUGGUCACAUUUGGUUCCAAGUCUGACCUCAUCUCCGCGGCCAUGACCGGAAGUGACGUCAGAAUACAGAUGAAGGAUGAUUACUUCACUAGCGUCCAAAACCUCCAUACUGUCGGGGAUAAUAUCUGCGGACAGGCCUUGUUUCACAUCAGUAAAGCUUCGUGGAAAACUUUCCAAGGAAAUGCGUACUGGUGGUUCCUCAACGUUUGCACGACUGGACGUUUCCAAAUGAUGCGUUAUUACGUCGGCAACCACGUAUCGGCAGGUGCGAACUUCUUAACAUGGCAGAUCAAGUGGUUUGUGAGGGAUAGCGGGCCAUCCGUAUAUAAACACACGAGCGGCGGAACUACUUUGAAUGGACAUUUGAAUGACGUAAUCACUGACGUCAGACACGGCGCUGACGUUCGUGGAGUGUUGGAGAGUUUGGGUUACACUGCAAAAAUGGAUAACGUACAGAUCUCCGAUACCGGUAACCUGGUUGUUGGUCAGGCCGUUUGGCAUGUCAGUCAGAGUUUAGCCCCGCCCAAUAUCGAGUUCCAGGGCAACGACUAUUGGUGGUUCAGUAAUUUCGCCUCAGACGGAGGCCAUUACAUGUCUAGGUGGAGAAUAGGGGAACACACCUCUGUUGGUGCCACCAAUGAAAACAGGCAAAUAACGUGGUACACGGAUACGUGUUGGCAGCUGGCUUAUCAGCACGACUCGGCCGGAAACGAGCUGCAGGGCUCGCUAGAUAUUCUGCGAUCUGCUGCAGAGCGCGGUCAUCGUGUGAAGAUCAUGAUUGGUGACACGUCCGUGGAGCCCGAACAGGUGAGCGUCCGCGGCGGCCACGUCAACGCCAUGAUCAUAAGCAAGGUUUUGAAGGCCAACAGUAACAUCAAGGAGUUUGAAUCUACAGGAGUCUGGGACUGGAGCAUGGUGACAACGACUGGAACACAGACAACACUGAAGUUGCGCGUCGGAGAAGCAACGGAGACAGCGGACAGCCGCGCCACCACUGCGACGGCAGUGAAGUGGUUCAUAGACACGCGGCCUUGGCGGAAGGUCCUGGCUCACAACAAAGCCGGCACGGUUACUUCCGGUUCUAAAGUGGCGCUAACGGACGCUGUGAAGCUAGGCGCGAGAGUUAGAUACAUUAUGCGAUUUGAUGGUUCCGAUUCAAUAACUGUUCAGGAAGCAGAUAAUAUUGCCAUUAAUGGUGCAGAUGUUAGCGCCACUCACGUUCGCUCUGUAAGUCUGGAAGCGACCCCCGACUCCACGGCGGAGUUUCGCUUCCAGAAUAAUCCGUACUGGUGGUUCAGCAUCGCUGCCACCACGGGUUCCGUUGACAUGUCCCGAUGGACGGUCGGGGAACACACAGACAGGGGGCACAGCAGUCAGACCGCUGCCAUAGAGUGGUUCGUCAACUUUUAAAGGGCAACUGCUGAACACACGAUAUUGUUGGUGAUAUAACUCGGAUUCUUAUUGCCACUGGACGUGAUCGCUGCCAGAAUCGCUUCCAUUAGAUGUUAAGUGUUUCUUUUAAAUGACAAGGCCUUAACAUCUUUGAAAAACACACAAGUUUUAAUUUAUAUAUGAAUUACACACAACGACCCUAAUGUCCUGCCUGCGAUUUUGUCAGAUAAGGACUUCACUUGUUGCCACCAUACAUACCAAUUGACAUGUUAUUCUAAAACUUCCAUACGGUAAUAAAACAAAUAUCUCUUAACGAAAGAUUUUAUGAAUUAGGUAAUAUUGAUAAAAUUAAAAAAUAUAUAUAUAUAUAUGUACAUUAGUUCUAUAAUUUGCUAAGAACAAUUACAUAAUAUUGAUCACGUUCAGUUUGCUUUUAUUUAUUAAUCGAUCACCUAACACACAAGAGUAUAUGUAGUCAUAUUUUACAAUGUAAACAAGUAAGAUCAUUUUAAAAGAUUGCUUAAUCCAGUGGUUUUGAUUGUUGUAAAAUAUUUAUUUUAUUGUUGUAUUACAUAGUUGCAUAAAUCGAUAACAUUUUAAUAAAAUGUUUCAGUGAG